AUGAUCACGACUCUUCCAAACCUCAAAACACUGCAUCUGUCACUCUGCGCGGAACCGUUCAACGCCCUCAGGACUGUAAAAGAAGGCAUGACUGAGCCCGAAGCCUACCUUCCCUUUCGUAGGGCCGUGUCCAAUUUUCAGCGGCUACCGCUUGAAGCGGUGACGGUGAUCCUUAGUGAUGACCCGGAUACGUUUGUGGGCGAGGUAAUCUUCAGCGAGGCGCUGAGACAAGCUACGCCGCAUAACGAAUGGGAGUUUUUGAGGGAGAGGAUCUGUCUGACGGCUGAGAAGAAAAGGGAAUGGGCGGUGCGAACAAGGAGGAAGUUGCUGCAAAGUUGGGACCAGAGCCAAAGCCCUGAAGCUGUGAAGGCCAGAAGGCAAGAGGAAUGGGCGAGGAAGAGAAAGAGGCAGGAGACCAACCGAAGCACUGAGGUGCGGAAGCGGUACUGUUUGAGGGGUGGCACAGAGGCUGAGGGUUAA